AGCGCAGGUUCCCAACAUGGCGGCCGCGUCUCUGCGCUGAAGUUUGUGUCCAUCGCUGGCUAAACAACAAAAGAAACCCCGCGAUGUAACGUCUCUUCGACGCGUGCAGUAUCUGGGAGUUUGAUUUGAACAGAGUACGAGUAAGACGUGAGGGAGGAAGCCAUGGUUAUUCAUGAUCGCGUUUUAUUUUGAAAGUUAAAACUUUUUUGUUGGUUAAAGCUAGCCUGUUAGCUGUAAAGGCAGUUUUUUUUUUUUUUUAGCGUCGCUUCAUACAGUUUCGCGGACGGAGCUGAAGUUUGAGUGAGGACGUGAACUCGAAAAGAGCGUGUCGUUUCGUUUCGUUGUGUUUUCUCGGACUGAGGGAAGAUGGCCCACUCACCGGUAGCUGUUCAAGUUCCCGGAAUGCAGAACCCUCGAGCAGAUCCCGAGGAGCUCUUCACUAAGCUGGAGCGCAUUGGGAAGGGGUCGUUCGGAGAAGUUUUCAAGGGCAUCGACCGCCGCACGCAGAAUGUGGUGGCUAUCAAAACCAUCGACUUGGAGGAGGCCGAGGACGAGAUCGAGGACAUCCAACAGGAGAUCACCGUACUGAGCCAGUGUGACAGUCCACAUGUCACCAAGUACUACGGCUCAUACCUGAAGGGCAGUAAGCUUUGGAUCAUAAUGGAGUAUCUCGGUGGAGGAUCAGCGCUGGAUCUGUUGCGGGCCGGGCCUUUUGACGAGUACCAGAUAGCCACGAUGCUGAAGGAGAUUCUGAAAGGCCUGGACUACCUGCACUCUGAAAAAAAGAUCCACAGGGACAUCAAAGCCGCCAACGUGCUCUUGUCAGAGUCUGGUGAGGUGAAGCUGGCGGAUUUUGGCGUGGCAGGGCAGCUCACGGACACACAGAUCAAAAGGGAGACGUUUGUGGGAACGCCUUUCUGGAUGGCCCCCGAGGUCAUUCAACAAUCUGCUUACGAUUCCAAGGCUGAUAUCUGGUCACUGGGCAUCACCGCUAUCGAGCUAGCCAAGGGAGAGCCGCCCAACUCGGACAUGCAUCCCAUGCGAGUUCUCUUUCAUAUCCCGAAGAACACACCCCCGACCCUCAACGGAGACUUCUCCAAGUCCUUCAAGGAGUUUGUGGACUCGUGUCUGAACAAAGACCCUACGUUUAGACCGACUGCAAAGGAGCUACUGAAGCACAAGUUCAUUGUAAAGAAUGCCAAGAAGAUGUCCUACCUCACUGAGCUGAUCGACAGGCUGAAGCGCUGGAAGGCUGAGGGUCACAGUGACGGAGAUUCUGACUCGGACUCUGACUCAGAGCCGAGCAGCAGAGACAGCGACUCAUCCCCCGAGUGGUCCUUCACCACUGUCCGCAAGAAGCCUGACAAACAGUCCAAUGGAAUGGUCCCUCUUGACCAAGCGGUACAGAAAAAGUCAGCCUGUCUGUCCACAGUUAUAAGUCCGGUGUUUACUGAGCUGAAGCUGCAGCACAGGGACGGGGACACGAGGAGGAGUGUGAUGGAAGAUCUGGAGAAGAGUCUGCAUGCUGCUGAGGAUGUCUGCCCUGGAAUCACAGACAAGAUGAUCAGUCACAUCCUAGAAAGAGUUCAGAGGUUCUCUGCCAGUUAGUUCAGAGUGGAAAUCAAACGCACAUCUGAUUAAGAAGCUGGACGACCAAACAGCUACAGGGCUUCUACAAUCUCAGCUCUUCCUGUUCACUGAACAUUAAUAUUCACACACACACACCCACACACACACACACACACACACACACACACACACACACACACACACACACACACAUGCAUGCCCUCUCCACACACAGGGACAGGAGGGACUCAGGUUGCACACACUAUCAUAACCAAAAAAGGAAUUUCCCUUUUCACGAAAGACAAAUAUAUAUUUGUGUAAUUGUAUUUAUAUAAUAUUUUGCCAUGUGCUUUUAUUUUAGAUUUUAGCUGGUGCCCAGUGAUGUGUUACUGUUAUUUUAGAUUAUUUUACAAUGACAGAUUGAGGCACAAAUAUGCUUAUAGGUUUUCUGCUGAGCAUUAGACUUGUCAGACAGACAUACAUACAUUUAUUUUAUAUAUAUAUAUAUAUAUAUAUAUAUAUAUAUAUAUAUAUAUAUAUAUAUAUAUAUAUAUAUAUAUAUAUAUAUAUAUAUAUAUAUAUAUAAUAUAAAAUGUAUGUAUGAAGUAUGUAGGUAUGUUGACCCUUUGCAGUACUUUAUUUUAUGCUUCUGUCAGUAAUAUUUAUGUUUGGGAGGUUGAACUUUUUAUUCCUUUUUUUAAAAUUAGAGUAGAAUUUCUGUUAUACACUCUACAUACUGUUACGUGUAGCAUUACAACUGCUGUAUGGGGAAAACCUUCAUAUCACGUUAAAGAAAACAUAGAAAUACCUCAGUUAAAGCAAUCCAUAGAAAGAAAGCAAAACAAAAAAAUACAACCUAGAUUUUAAUUUAUAUAUAUAUAUAUUGUGCUUUGUGCAAAUGACGUUAUGGGAGAGGAAUUUUGCUGUGCAAAAGAGGCUUCUGUUUCUGACACUUGAGAUCGGGGAUUAUAUUUCAUAAAAACAAAUUUAUUUCCUGAUCAUAAAUUGGCAGUUUUUUCUUUAUAUUUUCCUCCUCCACUUGCAAAUGUGGGCCUGUUGCUGACGUGACCCGUGUCGAUAAAUAUUUUGCCCCUUCUUUGUUUGUGAUGUCCACUUUUUGAAACAUCUUGCAGUUUGAGGGGUUUUUUUUUUUUUUGUAAUGAGAGCUAUAGGAGAUAAACUAUACUUCUGAAGGAAAUGCACUGCACACACUUUGUAUUGGGUGGGGAAAUCUUACACACAAACACACACAAACACACACACAAACACACACACACACACACACAUACUUCUGGUCCUUUCAAUAGAUCUGGAGGAGAGGGUGAACUUUUCUAGCCAGCAGAAGAAAGAAGACCUCCACUACAGUUUCAGUGCUGGAGAGAAUCGAGCUCCAUGUAAACAGCAGCAUAGGAAAUUCACACUUCUGAAAAUGGGAGCAUUUUGGGGAUAGUCUUAAUACUAUAGGCAUAAUAAUAUAGAAAGUUUCUGCCAAGCUUUUUAAAAUAAAUUUAAGGGUGCCAUCACUGGUAUGGUGGUGAGGUGAUCAGCACUUCAGUAGGCUUGGAGAAGUUAAUGCCAAAAUUGUGCCUAAACUUUACUUCUUUAUGUAUAUGUAAUUAUUAUUCUCUCUUUAUAAAGCUUUAAAGGAUUUCACAUGUUGCCAGACUGAGGUUUAAUAGCAAUAAGGUGUUUGGUAGAUUUUUAUUUUAUUUUAUAUAUAUAUUUCUUUAUAGAUGGGUAUGUUGAUCCCACACUAGGUUUUGUAAAUGUUCUCUUUUUGUAAAUGGUUUUUGAAAUUGCUCCACAGGUAUCUGUCAAAGCUGUAUCAUAUAUGUGUAUAAAUAUAUCUAUAGGCCCCCCUUUUUUUUUUUUUUAUUUUUUUUUUUUUUUGCUUUAACUGUUACAAACUGGUAUGGUUUGACAAAUAAAGAUGUAAAUUAUGACACUGCAGAGGCA